GAUGUCAUUCAUCAAAAGAGAAGGAAAAGGAACGACGUCGUUUCUCAGAGUCUGAAGAAUCAAUUGAAAAACCAUAGAAAGAAGAAAGAAAAUCUCGAGAGCAGGCAUCCUUAGCAGCAAUGGAGGAACUAUUCGUAGCUAUACUAUCGAUGCUUCUGGUGGGAGCGUUGAUCCCUCUCUAUCUAUGGAAACGCCGUCAGGGUUCUCGAUCGCCCCCUCCCCGCGACGAACCACUCCAGGCUCCGCGGAGAGAAACCGUCGUUCGCGCCACCGCCACUCGUCGCAUGCGUCGGCGACCAGCUGCGUCUGGAGCUAGUACUUCGUCCGAUCCACCUGCAACGCAAGAAGAAUCUGCUGAUGAAAGUGACGGUGAAGCUGCUGGAGGAGGAGGGUAUUAUGAGGCUAAAGCAUCAAAGAAAAAGGAAAUUAAAAGGCAAGAGAGGGAAGCACGACGUCAGGCUGAUGAAGCUGCACGAGAGUCAAGACAGGCAAAACAAGAUCGUUAUUCAGAAAUGAGGAGGUUGAAGGAUGAGGAGCGCGAGGCACAGGAGCGUAUGUUGGAAGAGGAGGCCAGAGCUCAGAAGGCUAAGGAGGAGGAGGCUGCUGCAUUAGAGUUUGAGAAGUGGAAAGGUGAAUUUUCUGUUGAUGAUGAAGGUACCCUUGAAGAAGUGCAGGAUAGUACAGAAGACUUGCUAGUCAAUUUUGUUGAAUAUAUAAAGAAACACAAAUGUGUUCCCUUAGAAGAUCUUGCUGCAGAAUUUAAAUUGCGAACACAGGAAUGUAUCAAUCGCAUUACAUCUUUGGAAAGUAUGGGUCGGCUUUCAGGUGUUAUGGACGAUAGAGGAAAAUUUAUUUACAUCUCACAAGAAGAGAUGAAAGCUGUCGCUGAUUAUAUUAAGCGGCAAGGGAGGGUUAGCAUUUCCCACUUAGCUAGUAAAUCAAACCAGUUCAUAGAUUUAGAGCCGAAAGCUCAUUACACCGAGGACAUAAGUAAUGUGGAGGAGAUAACUGUCAACUAGCAUUGUUUUGACUUAUGAGUGAGAGGAAAAUCAUGUUAUGUACACCGAAAAACGACUGCAAUGAUUUGGUUUGCUUAGGGUUUGGUACAUUACUUUGAGCAGAUUUAGUAUAUAACUGCAAUUGCUGAUUUUUCCUUCCGAAUUUAUAUCGUAUAGAAAGAUAACGUAUACUAAGGCGGAUCUACCUACUGGUCUGAAGAUUUUACUUCCCAAAACGCUAUUUUUAGAAAGUGUAUUGCAUUUUGUUGGCCUUCGUAAAUAAGUUAACAUUUCAU